AGAAAAAAAUGAGAAAAUAAUACCUAUCUACUGUAUCUACAAUAAGUAGAUUUAUUCUUAAAACAUUCGAAAUAAUAAAUUUAAAUUCAUUUUAAGUGUAUCUUUCAUUAGACUAACGAUUUUGCAAAAUGUGGAGCGAUUCUCUCUUAAUAGUUUUCAUCUCUAUCUGCACUGCGUUCUUAGGAGAAGGCUUAACUUGGGUCUUAGUCUACAGAACGGAGAAAUAUCAAAAACUGAAAGUGGAAGUCGAACGACAGAGUAAAAAAUUAGAGAAACGUAAGGAAGCUCAUGGAGACUCACUAGACAGACAACAAAAGAAAAAAAUUGAAAGAGAAGAAGAGAGACUCAAAAACAAUAACAGAGACUUGUCUUUGGUGAAAAUGAAAUCAAUGUUUGCAAUUGGUUUUGCUUUUACUGCCUUGCUCAGCAUGUUUAAUAGUAUAUUUGAUGGCAGAGUAGUGGCUAAACUUCCAUUUUAUCCUAUUUCAUGGAUUCAAGGUCUGAGCCAUAGGAAUUUACCUGGUGAUGAUUACACAGAUUGUUCUUUCAUAUUUUUGUACAUUUUGUGUACAAUGAGCAUCAGACAAAACAUACAAAAGUUGCUUGGUUUUGCACCUUCUCGAGCUGCUUCAAAACAAGGUGGUGCUCUAUUUGCUGCACCUCAGACACAAUUCAAAUGAGGUUUUAAAUUAAAUAUCGAAUUUUUGUAGUUUUAAGUUAUAAUAAAUAAAUAUUAUCAUU